AACACUCAAACCUCAACUGCUCUCCCAUAACCGAAACCGAGAGAAAAAUAUAAAAAAGAUGAUUGAGACGGUUAAACACCUGAUCGGCUCCGGUGGUCCCAGCGGAUUCGGGUCAAGAUCCACCGCCGAUCAUGUCACUGCUAAUUCUGAUCUCCGUUCUCUAACUGCCAUCAUCACUGGCGCUACGUCGGGGAUAGGAGCGGAGACAGCGCGUGUUCUGGCUAAGCGUGGCGCUCGGCUUGUGCUUCCGGCUCGGAGCGUCAAAACCGCCGAGGAAACAAAGGCUCGUAUCCUGUCGGAGUUUCCUGAUGCGGAGAUCAUCGUGAUGCAUCUUGAUCUCAGCUCACUUACCUCUGUUCGUCGAUUCGUGGACGAUUUCGAGUCACUCAAUCUCCCACUCAACAUCCUCAUAAACAAUGCCGGGAAAUACGCGCAUAAGCAUGCCAUCUCUGAGGACGGCGUGGAGAUGACCUUCGCCACUAAUUAUCUCGGCCAUUUUCUGCUGACGAAACUGCUGUUAAAGAAGAUGAUUGAAACGGCGGCACAAACCGGCGUGCAAGGCCGUAUAGUCAACGUCACGUCCGUCAUCCAUAGCUGGUUCUCCGGUGAUAUGUUGCAAUAUCUCGCCGAUAUCUCGCGGAACAAUAGAAAUUACGACGCGACUCGAGCCUACGCUCUCUCCAAGCUCGCCAACGUGCUCCACACUCUUGAGCUUUCCCGGAUUCUCCAUAAAAUGGAUGCUAAUGUGACGGCCAAUUGUGUUCAUCCUGGUAUCGUGAGAACCCGUCUCACAAGAGAUCGAGAAGGCAUCGUCACAGACUUAGUGUUUUUCUUGACCUCCAAGCUAUUGAAGUCUGUUCCUCAGGCAGCAGCUACUACAUGUUACGUGGCAACAAGUCCGAGAUUGAGGAACGUGUGUGGCAAGUACUUCUCAGACUGCAACGAAGCUAGGACAUCUAAAUUCGGAUCCUGCAAUCUUAAAGCUCAGAGACUCUGGACUGCUUCUGACUUGUUGGUUUCUCCACCUAAUUCCACUCCCGAUCUUUCUCAAACGUCCUUUUAAUCAACAACCAUCCUAGCUAUUUCUACGUGUAUAUCCCAAGCCCUCUAUAUAGUAUAGUAAUACUACCUUAUAAAAUAGCUAUAGCAAU